CGCAUACAAUGGCCGGUCUUUCUAUGAAAGCUUUGGAAGACCUCUUUUCAAAUUCAUCCCUUUAGAUAACUAGAAACGUUACAAACAUUUGAGUCGUUGUUUUCUAUAAGCCAUUCGGGCCCUGCUUCGAUACAAGAAAAAAUCAAUUAUUCAAUAAGAGCGAACUUUGCUAGGAGUUGAGCUACUUUGUUUCUUUCACGGGGUUGAAACAGAAUAUUCACAGUGAAGCAGAUUAGUCGGCAGCAAGUGGAGAUAAUAUAGUAGUAUUAGUUGGAGCAAAUCCAAGAUGCUAUUGUCUAGAAUCUGCAGCAAGUGUAUCAAAAUAAUUUUCAUGCCUUUCAGACUGCAAGACUCUCUCUUCCAUUGAUUAUAUCGAUCCCUUAAUUCCUCGAACUCUAUCCCUCCCUGGUGGAUUUUUUCAUUGGAAUUUCUUCUUUCUUGUUCUUGAUUGCCUCUUGCUUUAAUUUGGUGGUUUUCAAUGGCCUCCGGCUCCCAAAAAGCCUGUUCAUCUCCUCCUUCAUCAGCUUCAUGUUGGAAGUAUGAUGUGUUUUUGAGUUUCAGGGGUGUAGACACUCGCAAGGGGAUCACAGUCGACAUACACGAUCGACUAAAUAGGAGUGGAAUCAAAACAUUCAUGGAUGAGCAGGACCUUCAAGUAGGGGAUGCUAUUUCUCCCACUCUCUUAGCAGCCAUCAAAGAAUCAAGGUUUGCAAUUGUUGUUCUCUCGCAAAAUUAUGCUUCUUCUGCUUGGUGUCUGGAGGAACUUAGAAAGAUUUGUCUAUCCAUGGAAGACAACAGAAUUUUGCCACUUUUUUAUCAUGUUGAUCCUACUGAUGCUCGAUAUCAGAAAAAGAGUUUCGAAGAUGCUUUCUCUAAGCAUGAAACCUCUGGGCGACAUGAAUUAGAGAAGGUGAAGCAAUGGAGAGAUGAUUUAAAAAGAGUGGCCGGUAUCUCUGGGUGGAAUACACAGGAUUAUGAGACUCACAAAGAACUUGUUGAUGUGAUUGCGGAAUUUCUCCUUAGUAAAGUAGUACCUGAUGCAAUUGAGUCCACAGGAGAUUUUGAAGCAUUUGAAGCAACAAGACAAGCCAUGAAUGAGGUUAUGAAGGCACUAAAAGAUGACGAGGUCACUGCCGUCGGUGUCUACGGCAUGGGAGGCGUUGGAAAGACAACCAUGGUGAAACAUGUCGGUGCACAUGCCCGAAAAAGUGGGAUUUUUGAUUGUGUGAUUAUGGGUGUCGUAUCCCAAAGCCCUGACUACAGAAAAAUUCAAGGCACAUUAGCAGACCUGUUAGGCGUCAAAUUUGAGGGAGAGACAGAAACUGGAAGAGCAGCUGGAUUGAGUAAGGAGAUGAAGAGAAGAAAUAAGAUCCUUAUAAUCCUGGACGACAUUUGGGGGAGAACAGAUUUGUCAAAGAUAGGGAUUCCCAGCUACAAGGAGCUUCAAAUGUGCAAGUCCAAAGUCCUACUCACCACAAGGAUACGGAAUGUCUGUCAUGUCAUGGAGUGCCAAGAAAAGAUAACACUCAACGUUCUCUCAAAAGAAGAUUCUUGGACCUUGUUUGUGAGAAUUGCAAGAAGGUCAUUUGAAUCGACCACUUUCGAGGGUGUAGCAAAGAAGGUAGCUGGAGAAUGUAGGGGUCUACCCAUUGCAUUGACAGCAGUUGCGAGGGCACUUGGAGAUAAAGAACUAAUGGAAUGGAAAAGAGCAGCCCAACGACUAGAGAAGUCGCAAUCUGCCAACCCGGACGAUUCCAGAGAAGCAUCCAAAUGUAUAAAAUUAAGCUAUGAUUACUUGAAAGAUGAGGACUACAAGUCAUACUUCUUGCUCUGUUGCCUAUUCCCAGAAGACUGGGACAUCCCAAAAGAAAUCUUGUUCAGGUAUGCGAUCGGGAAAGGAUUGUUUCGAGAUGCUGACACACUCGAAGAAGCCAGAGAGAGAGCUGAUUCCGUGGCCACGCACCUUAAACAUUCUUGCUUGCUUUUGGAUAGUGAAGAAUAUGGAUCUGUAAAGAUGCAUGAUGUUGUCCGGGAUACAGCCAUUCAAAUUGCGCAAUCUGAACAUGGGUUUUUGGUGAGAGCUGGCUGCGGUUUAAAGGACUGGCCACGUCAAUUACAUGAAGGCUAUUCUGCAGUCUCACUAAUGCAGAAUCGUAUUACCAAGCUACCCGAUAAGUUUGUAUGUCCAGAACUCCGGAUGUUGUUACUCACCAAUAAUUUGUUUAUAGAUAAGAUCCCAGAAACCUUUUUUGAAACUCCAAAUGAAUUGAGGGUCUUAGAUCUUACCUGGACUAGGAUUUCAUUACUACCCCAAUCGUUGUGUCUCUUAAACAACCUCCGAGCUUUGUAUUUAGAUGGUUGUGAUUCCCGUCUUGACAUUUCCAUGAUCGGAAAACUUAGGAAGCUUGAGAUUCUUAGUAUGAGGUACUGUAAUUUGAAGGAGUUGUCGAGAGAAAUAGGAGAUUUGACCAAUCUAAAGAUGUUGGAUUUCACCCGUACAAGUAUUUCGACAAUUCUAUCCGAAGGGAUCAUAUCAAAGUUGCAUAGUUUAGAAGAACUGUACAUGGAACAAUUUGCGAACUGGGGGCGUAAAGUUGAGGGAGACAGAGAAGAAACAAAUGUUGGUUUUGACGAGGUAACUAGCUUGUCAAAUUUAAGAGUUUUAGAGGUUCGUUUCCCCGAUGCAGCAUGUAUACCUAAAAAUGUUGAGUUCAAUCCGAAUUGGGUGAAAUUUGAUAUAUAUGUGGGCACAAGCGAGAAGAUGCAAGUCACUAAUCGAUAUUGUCAUAAAUCAAUAGUCUUGAGGCUUGCCACCAUAAGUAGCUUGCCGGACUGGUUUUGCAAUGCGGUGAUGAACAUAACAGAGAGGCUACAGUGGGAAGGGUGCCGAAGGUUAAUUGACAUAUUUGUGGAGUCUGAGCAUCGGAGAUUACAUGGACUGAAGCUUCUCUAUAUAAUUGGUCCCAUUAGGGGGUACAAGCUUAUGAACCCAAUAACAUGGGUUCCAACAAAACCUGUGUUCGAGAACUUGGAAGAGUUGCAUCUGGAAUACGUGGAUUGCCAGGAGUUUUGUGUUGGUGAAUUACCACCUGGGUCUCUAUUCAAUUUGAAGUUAUUGAAGGUUAACAAUUGUAAAAACUGGGGGAAUGUACUUCUACCAUCAGCAUUGUUACAGAGACUACCAAAUCUGGAAGAACUAUAUUGUCAUUCCAUGGAUAUUAAAUAUGUUUUUAGUGAUGAAGCGUUAUUUGAACAAUCAAAAUUGAGAAAGUUAGACGUGAGGGGUCAAUGGGGUCUACAUACAGUGAGAAGCAUGAGAAGCAUAUGUCAUGGACCUACUCCAGCUGCAAUGUUCCAAUCUCUUCAAAGUUUGACCAUUAGGCUGUGCAACUUGCAGGGAAGUCUCUUCACCUCUGAUGUUGCUCAAUAUCUUUUUCAAUUGGAAUACAUUCGUUUACUAGGUUGCCCCUUUUUGCAAAGAAUAGUUGAAGCAAGCAACAAGAAGAUCAUUCUUCCAAAAUUGAAGGAAUUAGUUUUGGAAGAACUACCAAUGUUAGACUAUGAAAGUGCUUCUUUUGAUAUUGAGUGUCCUUCACUGGAAAACCUAUAUGUGACGGAAUGCCCCAUGUUUUUAGCCUCUUCUCUUGACUUCCACAGCAGGAAACAAGUCCAAUUCAAGAGGUAUGUUGCUGUAUCAAAAACUUACUUGAUUUGUCAUAUUAAUUUGGUAGUCCAAUUGCUCACGAAUAAUCAGUAAACAAGUACAAAAUGUUAAUUUUUUUUUCUAUUCAAAUCCAUGAUUCAUUUCCAAGCUUUCAGUAAAUGAGUUUCCGACACAGUACCAAUCAAAUUCUAACUUUGUUCAUUUCAAUCCCAAGUUAUUAUUUUUCUUUGAUAUCAUCCGUAAUCAUCCAUCAUUCUCUGGAUCGUUUAAAUUUUUGAUAAUCAAAUGAUUGUCCAUAUUUUAUAGAAAUUUCAUGACACUGAUGAAUGGUUUGUUUUCAAUUCCUCUACUAAACAAACUACUAUAUGAAAAGGCUAGGUAUGCUUUGAAGAAAAUUUGAAAACAGGGUGCUUGUGAAUUUACACCACAUUGUAUAUAUAAUCAUUUAUGUUUUAUCUUCAGUUAUUUUCUCUACUCUUGCAUUUUAGUUUAGCUUUGCUUUUAGAUUUAUGCUCCUAGCUUAUUGUUUCCGUUUUCCAAAUAGAUUGAAAAAUGUAUUGUUAACAAUAUUUUGAGACUUUGGAGAUGCAUUAAAUUUCCAACUUAUAUACUUAUCUUAUCUCAAAU